UACUGCAGUAGAGCAGGUAAAAAGAUCAUUUUCCAUUUUUCUGGAGUACAAAAGAUGGCGGUAUUCAGGGGAUUCGAAUUUGUUUUACUUAUUGUCUUUUUGAUGAUAUGUUAUGUCAAAUCUCAAGCUACACACAAGUUGGACAAUUCCACAGAUAAUGAGUGUGGUAAGAUGUUAACAAUUCACCCGGAUGAAGAGAUCACCUUGACAACCUCAGGAAGAGCACCAAAAGGAUUCUGUACUGCUGUAGUUUACGCUCUGGGAAAAGAUGGCAAAAACUGCCAUGGAAUGUGUAUGUCUGUCACUUCCCAGUUUAUAGAUCUUUGUGACGCAAAGGUCCAGUUUAAAGGCAUGGAUUUUGGACGGGAGGAUGAUCCAUAUCGGGAGCUGAGUUGUUUCCAUAAACUCCCAACGGAAUGGUGCUUCCAAACUAACACCAUGUCAGUCGAAAUUGUUGAAACGCAUUUUUAUGCCUUUAAUAUGGAUAAACUUAGCUACAAUUUUAAUGUGAAAGUAUCCCCAGUCUGUGAUGAUUCUCCCUUUGGAAAAGACAUACAAGCCAGAGAAAAUGCACAUAAGGCAAGUGAAGCAGAUGCCCGAACCCAGUCUAGAAUCCAUGGAAUACUGGUUGGUGUAUGUCUAGCUAUUGUAUUCCUGAUUGUUCUCCUGAUUACAUGGUGUUACUACAAGAACAAACCAUUCCGAAGAGAUAUACAUAAUUACCCAACUGCUCAUGUCCGUAAAGGUCCAACGUUUGCCGGUUUUAAAGCAAAAAUGACAUUUCAUAAAGCACAAAGUCCAGACGAAGGUGGAAGCGAGACAAAACCAAAGAAGGAAAAGAAACGCAAACAGUCCAAAGAUGAAGCUUCGUUAGAAAAUGAAGAAGCAAAACCAAAGAAGAGAGGAGGCCUUAAGUUUCUAAAUAAACUCAGGUCUCACAGAGCUGAGGAAGUUCCAUUGGUAGAAAAGAAAGAUGUUGAGGACAAUGCAGCAAAGGUCGCAGAAAAAAUUGAGGACGAAAUAAACGAAAUACUAGAUGAGAAUGUAGAUAAAAAAUUAGAGAAUGAUAAUAGAACUGAAGACAACAAGGAUACGGAAAAAGAUGAUGAAAAAACGGGAGAUGGAACUGAAGAUAACAAUAAACCGGAUCAAGAAGAAGCCAUUGAAUCUGGUGAUAAAACUAGCAGCGAACCAGUUCCGUCUGUAACAGUUACAGCUGCUGGUGAAAAUGACAGUAAAAAUGACAGCAGCGACGACUCGUGACUAGCGGAAGUUCUAGAAAAAAACUAAACAAUUUUAAUACUUGUAGAGGUGUUGUUUAGUAUAUAGCGCCUAGAAUGAAAGAGUAUGCAUACGAAAGAAAUAAAAAAUAUAUACACAUAUGUUUUUUACGUACUCAAAGCAUGUGAAAUCUCAUUGAAAUGAAAAAGGUAGAAAUUCAGCUGACAUUCCAUGAGCUGCACUCAAAUUAUAUAGUAUAGUCAUUAAAAGUUGUUGGUAAACAAAACUAUUGGAUCAUAAGUUCGAAAAAUGUAGGGAAAUAGUAAUGUACCUAUCUCUUUUGGAAAUAAAUGCACCAGUUUCGACCAUAUAAGUUCACACAAACUGUAUAUUUCUAAACAUAAUAUUCCAUAAAAUGUAUAUUUUUGUAGUAAUUGAUGUUGUGCUAUUAAAUUGCAUUGUUAGAUGGUAUGCCUUAUAUGUUGGUCAUAGAAGUAUAUAUAGAUAUCUAGUCAUUAAUGUGUUCAAAAUGUGACAUCGUAUAAUUCACGAACUCCAAUACUCGUGAAUAUUUAGUCUUUAAAGGAAAUAUAUUAAAGGAACUGACGGUUUCUUAGAUGUAAAUCAUUAUUGUACAGUUUCUUUUUGAAGCUACAUUGCAUACCAUUUUCAUGAUAUGUAUAUACAUUUUUUUUUUAUUAAAAUUAAUAGAUGUAAAAUUAUUUCUACUUGGAAUAAAAUUUCUUUGUAUUAAAGAG